AUGGCAUCCCCAUCUUUACCUUUCCGAUUUGCGCGGUCAUGGCCGUCCAUAAACAACUCAUCGAUGUGCAAUCGCUGUCUACAAGCAAGAAGAACAGCGUCCACACAAGCCGUCGCCGCAAACACAUCAGAUCCUGACAUGGAGGAGAUUUCGUCUUUGAAUCAGCUCGGAAGUCCAGACUCACAAACCACAAGAUUCGAUCCUGUCAAGACUGCGAAAUCACGAAAACGCCAGCUCCCACCCAGCAGAUAUCAAUUCCGCAGCCCCAAAUAUGAUCGAGGCCCUCUACACCCUCACCAACCCCUUCCUCCAUCAGACCCGGCGAGUCGAGAAUUCGUUCCUGGUCCCUUCUCCACACCUCGCGUCGAGCAAGCAUACCACAACAUAAUCGCGCCCGAUUAUAUGACUCUGGUCUACCAGCAUAAGCCUCCGGGGUACAAAAGUCUGGAAAAAGGCCCGCGGCUACGACCCUGGGUAGGUGACUCGCCAUACUUUGCAAACAGACAACUUCGUGGUCCUCGAGGUGGAGAUGUCUUGCGUCUUCUCCGCAAACCGGUCACAUUCAGAAACAUCCCCAUGGUCGAACGAGUCACAGUACACGCCUACGUCAAAGAGGCAUUGAAGCACGGAUCGGCACCACUUCAUGUGGCGGGAAUGGUGCUACAAUCAAUCACAAACCAUCGAGUCACUGUCCACCGCGCCAGAACGAACGAGGCGACCUGGAACCUCAUCAAAGGCAAGCCCUGCUCAAUGACUGUGGAUCUAAAGGGCGAGGAGAUGUAUCACUUCCUGGGCAAGCUAGUGAACCUGGUCCUGCCACGGAUCAAGGACUGGAACGGCGUGAGAGCCACGACGGGAGACGGCAGCGGAAAUCUAGCAAUGGGUUUCAACUCGGAAGUGGUCGCAUCUUUCCCCGAAAUCGAGACGUCGUUCGAUAAUUAUCCAAAUAUUCGACAGAUUCCGGGUCUGUAUAUUACCAUCCACACUACUGCAAGCUGCGACAAGGACGCCAGGCUGCUGUUGCAGCAAUUGGGGAUUCCAUUCUACGGCAAGAUCGUGGAUUAG